AGAGCGCAGUCAGCGGAGAGGAGCCUGGCAUCAUGGAGAAGCUGUUUGUCUUGGUCUCUGCUCUCGCCCUGCUGGCUUUCUCCUCAGAAGCCUCCCCGAUUCUGACAGAAAAGCAGGCGAAACAGCUCCUGAGGUCCAGGCGACAGGACAGGCCCAACAAACCUGGAUUCCCGGACGAGCCCAUGCGGGAGUAUAUGCAUCAUCUCCUGGCCCUGGAGCACCGUGCUGAGGAGCAGUUUCUGGAGCACUGGCUGAAUCCUCACUGCAAGCCGCACUGUGACAGGAACAUUGUCCAUCCUGUGUGAAGGACCUGGGGCCAGCUCGCAAGCACGCUGACAGGCAGUGAUCCAGAGACUGCU